AUGCGCCUCCACGGCCUCGGCCUGCUCAGCCUGCUCCUCAGCAUCGCCAGCAUCGCCCACGCCAAUGUCGAGAAGACCAUCUUUCUCGGCCCACCAGCCUCGACAAUUCCUUCCGAGGAGCCCGAUUUAGACGACCUCGGCCUUGAACGACUCUCCCCAACCAACCCAGUCGUGCGUACCCAGAUUAAUGCCUCAUUUCCAACCAACGAUGCCCCAGAUGGCACAGACUCGUGGUUCUUCCUCGAAGACCUCACCCCAGGCCAACGGUACGAGGUCCGAGUAUGCUGGCUUGCAACGCAACCAACAACAUUCACACUAACAACACACCUCCUAUCCGAAACAAUCGAGGAAAAGUCCCUCCUCUCAUCCCUAAGUAUAUUCUCAUCAGCCCGCCUAAGCACCCAAGACCCACGCCUACAAACAAACGCCAUCCCCCGCACCGCAGGCCGGAACUUCCAAAGGAAAACCGACUUUCCGGACCCGGGACCAGUAACAUCCUCGGUCCUGUUCCUGCGCGUGCGCGCAGCGGCGGAUUACUUCACGACGGACGAGGCGCGGAUGGCGCGUCCGGAGCCCGUGGCUGUGGAUUUGAUUCUUGAUCCGUUUAUUUGGAAUGUUUUCCCGCGUUCGUUGGUACCGACGGCGGGGUGGGUUGUUGUUGUUGGCGUUGUUGCUUUUUUUGUGGCGAGGUGGGUUACUGGUGAGAUUGGGCGAGUUAUUGAUGAUGCGAGGCGAGAGGAGAGGGAGGCUGGAAAUGGAGAAGAGGAUGGGAAGAAAGAGAGGUAA